CAACUUCAAACCGUACCACCCGUACUGCCCGUACCGUAGAACUAGCGAUUUCUUCAAAGCGUUUAACGUUUUUUGACCAAUUUGAGUGAUCACUGAGACUGAUUUUACCCCAAGUUCGAUUUAUAACUCAUUUUUCGUGACUACUUUGUGACUCAGCGCUACCAACCUGAGCAUCUGUCAACAACGUCACCCCCGAUGAAACGUCAUGUUUUCUAUUUAUCAAAAGCCGCAUAAUUAAUCCACAAAACCCGAUUCCACAAGUCUCCCGAUGCUUCAAAAAUGGCCACCAAGAAGGGGGCUGUCUCCGGACCCAAGCGCCAGUUCCGAGAAAAGAUCGUCCAAAUCUACGAAACCCUGUUCAAAGGAGACAACCUCCCGACUUCGAAUUCGCAAUUUUGGGACGAAUUCUUCCUCCUUAGACCGAAGACCACUUACAUUGACACCGAGAUCCAGAAAAUGUCGCAGGAGCAACUAUUCCUAACGAAAGCCAACCUCAACCUACUAAUCAAUAACUGCAUUGAAGCCCUGAGUGACCAGAACAACAUCCGGGUGGUGUACUCCAUGCAGACUCUGUGCGCCGUCAUCCACGCCAUUUUCCAGAAAUCCAGUGAAGUCGAGUCGGAUAUUUUUUUAAUCGGGUUUGAGAACUCGGCUGAGAAAGUGCAGCUGUUGUUGUCGGCGUGCCAGAAAUUCCUUGAAGGUGUUGCAGGCGACAGCGCCAGCGUGUUGAAGAGCUUGUCCUUGAAGUUGUUGUUGAUCCUCGUCACGCGGACCGACAACAUCAACGAGAACAGUCUGGUCGAAUACGUAAUAAACACGUCGCUUUUCGAGUGUCUUUUGAAACUCGUUUGUCACACACAAACGCGUCAAGUCCACGGUUACGACGUUGUUCUUUUGCUGACUCUGCUCGUAAAUUAUCGAAAGUACGACGCGGCGAACCCAUACGUUGUUAAACUGUCGAUUUUAGAUGAUGAGUUGGCUUUAAACGGGUACGGACAGGUCAUCACGAACUCGCUUUGUGAUUUCUGCAGCCAGUUCAAUCGAGAGUUGUUGGAGAACCAACACACGUCGUGGUUGUCGUCGCUCACGACGAUGGUUGGGAAUAUUUUUAUUUCGGAGGAGGGGGUGUUGAGGACGCAGCAGAUGCGGGCUAAUAACGCUUACUUGUUGGCGUUCUACGAAGCCAUCCAUUUGAAUAGGAACUUUAUCACCACGCUGGCCCACACGCAGAUCGACGGCAGCUCCCCACCGUCUCCCAUCAAUACCCUGAGCCCUGGCUCCAGUCCUGCUGACGUUACGGUCAAUUUAAAUUCGCAACCGUCGAAUCUGUUGGUGAUUUUUUUCCAGUACUGUUCGAUCGUAAUGCAAGACACCAAGAGUGACGCCGGUUCGAACACCGUGAAGCUGUGCUUCCUAAUUUUGUGUUGCAUCACCGAGGACCAGUACGCGAACUCGCUGAUGCACGACGUGGGUCUAGCCUUUAAAGUGUGCCUACACAAGUUACCGAUGCGCCACAGGAAGGUCUCCCCGGACCAGACCACCUCGACGCAACCUUUAGUGUGUUCGUUGUUGGAUCUCCUGGUGGAGUUCUUCCUGAGCCACAUGAUGAAGAAGUUCCCCCUGGAGUUGUACACGUUGUGUAUCAGCGUGCUCCAGCGCAUCCUCUGCUACCAGAAACGGUGCAGAAUCAGACUGAACUACGUUUGGAAGAACCUAUGGACUGCGUUACUUCUAGUCUUACGAUUUCUCUUGCAGCACGAAAACUACCUAUCGAAAAAAAUGAACAUAAUAGAGCUGUCGACGAAAAUCAUCAACAUUUUUAAUUUUUUUAUCACGUACGGGGACACGUUCCUGCCGACGCCGGGCAGCUACGACGAGCUUUACUACGAAUUAAUCCGGAUGCACCAGAUUUUCGAUAAUCUAUAUUCAAUGGGCCUGCGCUACUCCACCACAGAGGGCGAACACAAGGACGCCGCCUUGAAACUCAACAACAGCCUGAUCAACGUGCGGGCCAUCAUCAAGCACUUUUCGCCGAAAAUCGAACAGUGGUUGAUUUCCGCCAACUUGUCGACCCCCAGCGAACAACAAAUUCUCGACGUUGUCAAAAAAAAUUAUGACAGUUUGACGUUGAAGUUGCAGGAUUCGCUGGACCAGUAUGACAGAUACAGCGAAAAACCCGAACACGUGACUUUCUUCACCCACUUGAUUAAAAGCAUAGUGUCAGAUACGUGCGGGAAUAUAGGCUUGGGGUUGGCCAACUUGCAAAAAAAUGACUUUAUAAGUAAUGAAUUAAAGUGAUGUUUGUAA